AUGUCCUGCACCGUUGCGGGCCUCAACUUCCUCCUUACCACAGUCAAGGAGGAGCCAGCCCCGGAUUUUGCCCGCAAGUUUGUCGACACCACCCGCCAUCCCUUCCCUUAUCUGCUCGUCAACAUCGGCUCAGGUGUCUCCAUCGUCAAAGUCACUGGUCACGGCCAGUUUGAGCGUGUCAGCGGCUCAUCGCUAGGCGGCGGCACAUUUUGGGGACUUGCGCGCAUGCUGCUUGACUGCGCCACCUUUGAUGAUGUCAUCCGCCUCACCCAUGACGGCGACAACGCAAACGUUGAUAUGCUUGUCGGUGAUAUUUAUGGCGGUGCGUACUCGAACCUCGGUCUCGACUCCAGCGUCAUCGCCGCCUCGUUCGGCAAGGCCACUAUGCGUAACGACCCUCCCGAGCUUCCCAACUUCUCCCCCUGCGCACCCGUAACCGCCACGGAUCUCAGCGCCACUUUUCGCCAGCAGGACAUAGCCCUGUCGUUACUGAGAAUGGUUUCCUACAAUAUUGGCCAGAUCGCCUACCUGAACGCCCGUGUGCACAACUUGGAUCGCAUAUACUUUGGCGGCAACUUUAUCAGAAACCAUCCCUAUACCAUUGCCGAUAUUUCUUUUGCCGUCGACUUUUGGUCGGAAGAGAGCAUGAAGGCACUGUUCUUGAGACAUGACGGCUAUCUCGGUGCUAUCGGCGCCUUUAUCGGGGCUUCCAGUGACGCCCCGACCAAAAUUUUCAAGAACCAGAAGCAAAGCACGCCCAGCAGCGAUACACGACACGGUGCAAAAGGCUCUCGUGAGCACAAGCAACGCGCAUCGCAGCAUGCAAACAGCAUGACGAAGGAUGCGAUGCACCCUGUUGACGACCUUGUGUUGACUAAGCCGGCACUUGCUGAGGACACUAGCCCGCCCAAGCCGCGAAAUGGGAUGAUGGAAGUCCCCAAUGGCACGGCAAAGCGGAAGAAGAGCAAGCGCACCAAGUCGGAAGACAGGGCAAGCGCUUUGACCUCGCCUAUGGCGAACGGCAACUUGACUACAACGGCCCAAGGAAAUAAAGACUCCUCGGCCACAGGGCAUCAAAAAGUCAGCACUGGCGAUUGGACAACUGUCACAAGAACUCGCCGCAAAAGUGCGUGCAAAGAGAACGGACAAACAUUUGCAUCAGAGUUGCUCUUUGUUAUUCGCGCGAUUCUUCACACUUCUCAGUAG